GAGUUCUAACGUUCCAACAUUCUCUCGUUCUUAUCAAAUCUAAAAGAGUUCAAAGAUGGCCACUGUUGUUGGUGAGACUACGGAUGUUCCCAAAAAGAUUUCGCCCAAGGCCCUCUGGCAAUGGGAGAACACAAAACGCCGAAUGGGCUUCCUAACUUUCCUGGGGGUGUCACCUAAUGUAGACGGGGAGACCGUUCAGAGGCUGUACGAGGGGGUAGAAAGAAUGGCCGAGGAGUAUGUGGACAACGUCCUGGUGGAUCCUGUAGCCUGGCGAGGGGGAGAACGUCUGAACAAACGGCAUUUUGCAACUGUAGUUCAGGCGCUAGCCGCUAGUACGCACGGUCUACUGCGAUCUCAACAUAUCCUGCAAUUUUUCAGGAACCGCUACCCAGACCUCUGGCAACAGACAGAUGGAACUGCAACCACGGUGGCAGUUGUGAAAGCCAUCCAUGUUGUCCUGUCCAGCCGAAAGUUCCUACAAGUUGAAGCGGACGUUGACCCCGUGACGUCAGAUCGUCGCGUCGUCUUCUUCGCCAUCGACUACCAGAGUUACCCAGACGCACCCGCGCCAGGCACGGUCCUCCGAAUGCCACAAGAUGAAGAUAGACAAACUUCCGCAAGAGGACGCUGCAGCUCCGCUGAUUUUCUCUCUGCAGAGUCCAGUACCCACUACAAGACCCCAAAGAAAGUUCACCAAGCUAGGUCUGUUCUCAGGAAGGCUUUAGAGGAAUCUAAUGGCCAGAACCAAAAUGUCGUACCGCAAGGAAAUAUCAAGCGGCGGUGGCAACAAAAAGAAGUCCAACUGAGCCCUGCUCGUGGUAUGAAAGGGACUUGUGGUACAAACCCGCAUGACGAGGCCGAUCCUAACACCCCUACUGAUGGUACAGUCAGCACCAAGGACGGGGACAACAGCAGGCGGUGGCAGGAGUAUUGGGGCCGAUGUCUGGACCAGGAGGCUCCCACCUACGCGUUCGACCUUGUAGGCUACAUGUGUGAGGAGCGACUAGCACGGGGCUUCUUUCCCAGGGUAGUCAACGUUUUCCCGCGGAAUUUACUGCUAACUGCCGAGCAGGCUGUGAUGGAAUGUUUGGCAGUGACUGAUGUCGAACUGUAGUGUAGACCCUGGACAACACCGCCUCCUGGCGACUUUGUUACUAAGCUCACCUAACGUUAUAACAUGACGACGUCAAAGUCAGUUUCUUUUCUUUUCUGGAACUCUGAGCGAUUUUGUAGGAGCGGGCCCCAUUACCAUGAAGCGUUUGUUUAAAAGGCAAGUGAUGAAAUUAAAGACAAAAUUCUUGCCGUCUCA